AUGAACACGUACAACUUCGAUGGCGUCGACUUAGACUGGGAGUAUCCUCAAGCCGAUGAUAGAGGCGGUCAGGAAGGUGAUAAGGUAAACUAUGUGACCUUUGCUAAGGAGCUGCGAAGCGCACUCGGAAACAGGGGGAUCAGCUUGACCCUGCCGACCAGUUUUUGGUAUCUGCAACAUAUCGAUGUCAAAGGUCUGCAGGACUCGGUCGAUUGGUUCAACUUCAUGGCAUAUGAUUGUGAGUGA